CGCCGAGCCCGGGGCGGGCGGCGUGAGGUGUGGUGUUGCGGCGGCCUCUGGCUGAGCGUAGUCCCGGCGGAGCAUGGAGGUCGGACGGCUGCGUUGCGGCUGCCCGCACUCGGUGGCUCUGCUCCCGCGGAGCUGCGCCCGCGUCCCACGCGGCUCCGCACCCUUCGCCUCUCCCUCCUCUUCUUCAUCCCCUCGCUGCUCCGUGCCCUUCUGGAGGCCGUGGACGGCUGGCCCCGCUGCGGUGCGCAGCCCCCGCAGGCUGGCGGAGGCCUCUCGAAAGCUGGCGCAGUAUGCCCACCCCGUGAGACUAUUUUGGCCCAAAUCAAGGUGCUAUGAUUACUUAUACCAGGAAGCUGAAGCACUUCUGAAAAACUUUCCCGUUCAAGCUACGAUUUCCUUUUAUGAGGACUCAGACAGUGAAGAGGAUGAAGGUGAACUGGAACAAGAUUCAAGAACGGAAUCACACUGCUGAUGGCAAGAAAGGCCGAUCAAGGCUACUUCUAAGACUUAAUUUAAACUUAAUGUAAAAUUGUAUUAUAGAAUUUUUAAAGAUAAUUUAUUUGUAAGUUAUUCUUAAUAAAAGUGGAAUGUUUUGUAAUUUUAUCUGAGCCUUUGUUCUAGUCUUGCCUUGCUUCUGAGCAGGGAAUGUACUGAUUAGUAAUUUUAUUUUAUUGUCUGAGGUCCUAUAUUUUGUAGACUGUAAACUUUGGUUUUAGGAGCAGAGAGCUGGAUGCUUUGCUUUAAAAGGCUGUGGUUUUGUGGCUUCUUAAGCCUGAGAAAACAGGGAAAACCUUGCUUGGUGACUAAGCAGGCCCCAUGUGGAAGCCUAUCAAGGAAUCAUUCAUCAAGGAUUAGUUGUCUUCCAGGUACUCGAGUCUAACUUUGACUUGUUAUAAUAAAUCAGUUUACUUUUGCCUUUUAUUAAGGGUUUAUCUUACAUCAUUUGUGAGCACAAAUGUACGUGACAUUGGGCUUACACGUCAAGGUAGCAGGGGGCUGGCUGCAGGGGAGCUCUCUGUGAGCAGAGCCCAGCGCUGCCCCGUAUCAGAUCUCCAGCUGCUUUGAUGGGGACCUGCCGCUGCCACAGCUGAGCCGUGAGCGAUGCUGGGAGAGGGGAGUGGGAUAUGAGAGAGAACAGCCCUGCAGGCACCGAAGUGAGGGCAGGAGGAGCUCCAUGCGUGGAGCAGCAGUUCUCUGCAGCCCAGGAGUCUGCGGGCCCUGUGGUUUGGGGCAGUGCUGGGACACCUUC